UGCGUCGCAAUACGGACCUUUUUAUUUUUUAUCUCGAUAAACCUUGACUGGGAUUAUUUCUAGCUUCAAAAAGUCGCAUGACGAUAUGAAGCAGCCACUUUCACCAUGUUGAGAGCGAGAGUAUCAGGGCGGGAGUCUUCAAUAUGCGCUUUCUGUCGGCAUCGUCUUUCGCUACGGCCAGCGACGUCGCGGACCGAAAAACACUUUUCGAACACAGCGAUUUUGAGAGGCGAUGACGGAUGGGGCAGCGGAUGGGGAAGUCAGGUUAAGCCUCAGGCGCAGUCUAAGCCGGAUGACUUUCUCUCUCCGCAUGAGCUCCUAGCACGCCAGCAGCUACUUGCGAAACAGCAGGCCCAGCAGGCUGCCGAGGCUGCCAAGCCGAAGCCAGCUGAUAAUGGCCCUCGGGCGAGAUGUAUAUGGAACGCACAAAAGCAAGAAGAGAUUGAGAAGAGCCUUCAUAGAGAUGGCGUGACUAUGCAAAAAAAACCCGUCUCCCCAAGAGAGAUCAGGCCCAGUGAGUAUCGCGCGAGGCCGGGUAUAAUUGCUAGACGUCCUCCGUCUCUAGGGACCAAUCCAAGUACCCCUCUUAUCUCCUUUCAGCCUACAUCAGCUCCUAAACCCGAUGUUCGGAUUACCUUCUACGAGUCUUCAGAGCCUAAUUCAUCCCGUUCGCUGGAGUCCAACUAUCCCAGGAGGGAGGUAGACAGAGGGUCAAAUUCUAGACCUCUAGGAAGCAUAAUAACGAAAAUAAACGGCGGACCUAUCCAGGGGCCAUUUUUGGGGAAAAAAAUAAUAUCUAUAUCUCGUGAUGAUGGGCCCGAGCCAGUACAGGCAGCGAGCCAGGAGUCGGAAAUACAUAGUACAGAGCAGGAUCGACAGCCGCAGCCGCCAGCGUCAGAACCGACGUCUCAAGCCGCUCCGAAUAAUACUGUUAAACCAUCUCCUAAACCGGACAACAAUUCGGGGUGGGGCUUAUUAGCACGAAAGCAAACACCUAGUAAAUCUGAUGGUGAGGACUUUUGGGCUGUUAUGAAUAGGAGUGCUGGUGUCUUUUUAGGACCGAAGCCUCAGAACCCAACGGCUCCGGAACAAACUUCGAAAACGUCCGAUGAAAAUAAUGACUUAAAUUCGACGCAAUCUCCUAAAAAAGACCAUUGGGAUGCUAUGCAAAGCAACCCUGUUAAAGAAGAAAAAUCAUCCGAUGUGGACGACUGGGGGAAAGAAUUUGACAAUGCGAAACCCAAAAGGGGAGCUAAGGUGGAAGAACCCUCGGCGGAAGAAGAUGCAGAGAAAAAGUCACAGGUUAUACCCGAACUCGAUCCUGGUCCUGGAAAUCAACACCGAGUCCGCGACCGCGAUAAGCGACCGGAUCCGUUUAAUGAGGAGGGGCGAGGCGCAGGUCGUGAUAAGCGUUCAAGGCGUAAUUCUAGGCGCGGAAACGACGGAGAUGACGAGGGGGGCUUUGACUACGACCAAUACCAAGAGAAGCGUCGACAAAAAGCACAACGUAAAGCGGAACGCGAAGCUGAAAGGGCCGGUUCCGUACCCAUCUUGCUGCCGGAAUUAAUCAGCAUCCCAGCACUGGCCGAGGCGUUGAAAGUAGAACCCGAUCUAUUCUUGAUUCAACUUGGCGAGUUGGGUUUCGAGGGCGUAACACUGGACAGCCUUAUGGCAGGAGAAACAGCUGCACUUGUUGCGCAGGAGUAUGGCUACGAGCCGACAGUCGAGUCUGGUGCAGAACAUGACCUCAAACCUCGCCCUCCACCCGCAGACCCGUCGGUUCUGCCACUACGACCGCCGGUUGUGACAAUUAUGGGCCACGUCGAUCAUGGAAAGACAACCUUGCUUGAUUAUCUACGCAAAUCAUCUAUAGCAGCUCAGGAGCACGGCGGUAUCACGCAACGAAUCGGUGCUUUCUCUGUGAAGCUCUCCUCUGGCAUGCCCAUUACCUUCCUCGACACACCCGGGCACGCUGCUUUCCUUACGAUGCGUCAACGAGGUGCCUAUGUGACAGAUAUUGUCGUCUUGGUAGUCGCUGCGGACGACAGCGUCAAGCCGCAAACUAUUGAGGCUAUUAAACAUGCACGCGCGGCAAAGGUGCCGAUGAUUGUGGCUAUAAGCAAGAUUGAUACGGAUGGCGCCCACAUAGAUCAGGUUAAGCACGACCUCGCGCAUGAAGGAGUUGAGAUCGAAGACUUUGGUGGAGAUGUCCAAGUUGUCUGCGUGAGUGGCAGGACGGGCCAGGGUAUGGAAGACUUGGAAGAGAAUAUCCUUCUGCUCUCUGAAAUCUUGGACCAUCGAGCUGAACUCGACGGUCCCGCAGAAGGCUGGAUCCUCGAGAGUAGCCUUAAGCCCUUAGGGAAGGCCGCCACCGUUCUCGUUAAGCGAGGCACUCUGCGACCGGGUGACUAUAUCGCGGCUGGUACCACGUGGGCAAAAAUCCGACACCUGCGCAACGAGGCUGGUCUUGAAAUAGACGAGGCGCCGCCUGGCACUCCGGUCGAAAUCUUAGGCUGGAAAGAUCUUCCUGCUGCAGGCGACCAAGUUCUCCAGGCACCCGACGAGGGCCGCGCUAAAGUGGCGGUAGAGUACCGCAAGGGCCUUCUCGAGCGGGAGAAAGAUGCUGUUGCUCAGGCAAGUAUAUCCGAGGCUCGCAAGGCACUUCAAGAAAAACGUGCUCGCGAGAAGGCUGCCGCGGCUGCCGCAGCUGACGAAGAAGCGGUUGUCGAACCCUUACCUGAAGAAGAUAACGGCCCCAAGAUAGUCAACUUCGUAGUUAAGGGCGAUCUCCACGGCUCUGUGGAAGCAGUAUGCGCCGCGAUCCAGGAGCUAGGCAAUCACGAGGUGCAGCCGCAAAUCCUGCGGUCAGGUACGGGCCCCAUCCACGAGUUCGACGUAGAGCACGCGGCGGCAUCAAAUUCAACUAUUGUGAACUUCGCAACGACGACGCCAGGAUACAUCGAGAAGAUGGCGGAGGAGAAGGGGGUAAAGAUCAUGGACCAUACCGUCAUUUAUCACCUAGUGGACGACGUCAUUGCCUCUCUGAGCAAGUAUCUAGAGCCUGAGAUCACUAGCCGCGUGCUGGGUGAGGCGGAGGUGCUGGAACUAUUCCCGAUUAAUAUUAAGGGCCGCACGUAUAAGACUGUUGCCGGGUGUAGGGUGCGCAAUGGGCAGGUGGCGAAGAAUAAUCUCUUCCGCAUUAUCAGGGGUGGGAAGAAGAUCUAUGACGGCAAACUCGAAACCCUAAAGCAUCUCAAGAAGGACGUGGCGGAGGUGCGCAGGGGUACCGAGUGCGGUAUCGGCUUCGCCGAGUUCCAGGACUUCAAGGUCGGCGACCAGAUCCAGGCUUACGAGGAGAUUAAGACCGAGCGUACCUUGCAGGUGCCUAACUCAGUCGGUUAUACAUAGCGACGAUUAUUAGGAGCUGGAGAGAGGUUGCAUGAGAGGUUUAACUAAACUACCUGACUUGCAAGUAGACUAUAAAACGACUUGCAUGAUAUGGGCGUAUGUGAACAUGGAUAGACGGUGCACUGCAUAUCGGAGGCUGGUUGCGUUCAUAUAUAUAUAUACAUCGGUAGAAGAAGAAAAGAGCAUAUGGAUAGGGUGAUAAGGGGCGAUGGUGUCUUGGGGGGCGGUACUCAUUUCCCAUCAGUUGUACCUUAUUAGGCCGAGUAAUGCAUCUUAGGUACCUAGGCGUCGCCUACUCGGGUGCUUGUACAUACAUAUAGAUAUGUAUGCGGUGUUGUCGUGUAUAUACACCAGCCAGCUCUCCCAGAUAAAUGGGCCUUGGUGAAAUAGGUACGGGAUACAAUAAAUAUAAAUUAACCUA